UCUUCUAUUUUAACUCCAAGAAAGUAAAUGCUACUAAUAGUAUUGAGUAAAUUCAAAUACUGUGCUAUUUCGCCUCAAAAAGAUCUGAACUAUACUAUAAUAUAGUACCCAUAAUUAUUUCAAGCAAUAAUGGUGUUGUAUCAUAAUUAACAAAAAUAUUUAAUACUAUUCAACAAAAGUGUUAAAUAAAUAUAGUAUUUUAGUUAUUUGUGAAAGUUGGUAAGAACACCGCGAAUGCUCGGUAUAUCGAUUGGUUUCCAGACGUACCUACCAAAACAUGAAUAAAAAAAUUGUUUAAUCUGUGCAAAAAAUUUGUUGCUUCACGUCAGCCAGUCGGCUGUAUUUUAAUUAUUUUUUCAAAACAACUACGAUACAAUAGCGUUUUUGUUAUUUUAAUAACUCUCAAUUACAAUUUAGUCAAAACUAUGGAAUAUAUUGCAUCAGAGAAGGGAGACUCAACAGAGAAUCGAGAUCCAAAUUCAAUAGCCAAUGGCACGUCGAAGCCUGCUCCAGAAAACAAGCCAAAUGUGGAGAGCGAAAAAUCACACAUUGAAGCUCCCGCGGAGAGUGCGGCGGCAUGCACAUCAGAAACCUCUGAGGACACAGAGCUGUGUGAGAUUCCGGAACAGAUCGAAUUUACAGUAGUUUUUAAUAAAGCGAAACAUGACAUAACGUUCGCGUACGAUGCGACUGUGGUAGAUUUAAAAGCGCACUUGGAGCGAAUAUGCGGCGUGCAGCAAUCAGCUCAGAAAUUAAUAAUUAAGGGCAUGGCCAAGGACAACAUGACGCUGCGGCAGUCGGGCAUCGUGAAGGGAGGCAAAGUAAUGCUGGUGGGAUCCAAAAUGGACGACAUUUUAGCUAUGAAGAGUGCACAAAAGGAAAUAGCAGAUGAGAAGGCCAGCGCGGCAUCAAGUAAGGAGCCACUCUGUGUUCAGAAGAUCCACAGGAAAGUUCUGGAUAAGGGGAUCCCUCCUGAUGUCAUGCCUGGUAUUAAGGGAGUCAAGGAGCCUCUCCCCCCAGUUCCUCUCAGUGGCAUGCUGAACAAACAUGGAGGCAAAGUGAGGCUGACAUUCAAACAUGAGCAGGAUCAGCUCUGGAUUGGAACCAAAGAGCGCACUGAAAAACUAGCCAUGGCUUCUAUUAAAAGCAUCACAUCUGAACCAAUCAAGGAACAUGAAGAGUAUCAUAUCAUGGGCCUCCAGCUAGGGCCCACUGAAGCCUCCCGGUAUUGGGUGUACUGGGUGCCGGCACAGUACAUCGAAGCCAUAAAGGAUGCAGUCCUCGGCGUCUGGCAACUAUUCUAAUCAUCUUAUAUUCGUGAAUCUUCUCUGUCCAUUGCUGUGUCUACCUUCCUAUCAGCCGAUUGGGUAGUUGCAAUAUAAAUUUUAAAUGUAAAUGUGUCCAUUUCAAUUGGUACAAUGUAAUAGUACCAUUUUAAUUUUGUGAUAAAAUCAUUAUGCCAUGUCAAUUAAAAUUGUCCAUACAAUCUGGCAUCUAUCUGGUCAUAACAUGAAAAAUUAUUUAUUAUUAUUGUAAGUUUGCAUUUCGCGCAUUUGGGUUCAGUGAGCUGUACAUACAAUACCGCUAGUGUAAUAAUAAUAUUCAUAUGAUGUGCCACUGUCUGCACGUCCGUCGUGAGCUUAUUGUCCCCCGAGUUUCAAACCUGAUCUCUUUAUGUGAACUUUACAAUGUAACGUGAGUGAAGGAUUGGGGUGCCCAACAAAUGUAUUAACAUUUUCCUAUUCUUACCUUUUAAUAUCAUCAUCAUCAUGUGUGGUUUUAUAAAUAUCCAUUUUAAGUCUAAAUCGUUGGGCAAGUCAAUCCUCCAGUCAAAACUUUUGAUCAUAGAAUUAGACGAAUAAAACGUUUUGAAUAUUUA